GACACACUGGUCCAGAUGAUGAUGGUGAUGGAGAAGAUGCAGACAAGAUGGUGUUUGUUAAUUGAACCUCGUUCCACUGAAAUACAGAGUACAUCUCAAAUAUAACCAUCCGGUUAGCCGCCGGUUUCUCUCAGACGGUAGCCGCUUGGAGUCUUGAGCAGGUAGGGACUGAGCAGCACACCGGGCCUCGGCCCUCCCCGUUCCCCCCGUGAUGGGAGACACCCGUGUCAUCUACCACCUGGACGGCCAGGAGACGCCCUACCUGGUCCGGCUCAGUGUACCCGCUGACCGCGUCACCCUCGGGGACUUCCGGAGCGCUAUCAACAAGCCGAACUAUAAGUUCUUCUUUAAGUCUGUGGACGUGGAUUUCGGGGUGGUCAAAGAGGAGAUUACCGAUGACAACGCUAAACUGCCAUGUUAUAAUGGCCGAGUUAUAUCCUGGCUGGUUGCAGGUGAUGGUGUUGAGCCGGAAGAUCUGACUUCUGAAGCCCCGCCCACUCCCCCUCUGGCCCCGCCUCCCCUGGAGAGAACAGGCGGCCUUGGAGAUUCCAGACCCCCCUCUUUCCAUGCUUCUGCCGGGAACCAUGAGGCGGGUGAACGGGGCGAGAGACCAUCAGGGAGAGAGGAUCUCGAGAGAGAGGGAAAGAGAGAGAGGCGGUUGGAGAGGGAGAAGGAUCAGCAGAGAGAUGGGAAGAGAGAGAGGCUGCGACCGAGAGAUGGACGCCACCUCCACCCUCAGCUCCCCGAGGGGGCGGAGCCUGGUGACGGUGACAGCUCUUCAAGCCUGCUCAGCAGCCAAUUAGAGACCACCAGCUUCUCUGGGGAAGAGGACUCUGGAGAUAGCAGGUUGAGCCAAUCGACAGAGCAGAGUGACUCCCACCGCGUCAGGCGCCACCGCCGGCGCCGUCGAAUGGAAGAAAAACCCCACAUGGAGCGGUCUGAAUCGCAAAGCAGUGUGACUGGGUCUUCCCUGUCUCUCAACAUCCUGUCUGUCACCCUGAACACCGAGCGCUACGCCUUCCUGGGCGUGAGCCUCGUGGGCCAGAGCAGCGCGCGGGGCGACGGGGGCGUCUACAUCGGCUCCAUCAUGAAGGGCGGGGCCGUGGCCGCCGACGGACGCAUCGAGCCCGGAGACAUGCUGCUGCAGGUGAAUGACAUCACCUUUGAGAACAUGACUAACGACGAGGCCGUCAGGGUGCUGAGAGACGUUGUCCACAAACCCGGGCCCAUCACACUGACGGUUGUGAAGUGCUGGGAUCCACAGCCGGAGAACUGCUUCACCCUCGCCAGGAGUGAACCAGUGAGACCCAUCGACCCGGCAGCCUGGGUGUCACACACGGCCGCCAUGACCGGACUCCUACCCCCCCACUACGGUCAGGAGGAGGACCAUCGUCUGACCAUCCAUAGUGACAUGGCGAUUGUUGCCAAGGCGAUGGCCAAUCCCCAGUCAGGGCUCGAAGUACGGGACAGGAUGUGGCUGAAGAUCACUAUACCAAACGCCUUCAUAGGCUCUGAGGUGGUGGACUGGCUCCAGCGGAGGGUGGAGGGCUUCUCCGACCGCAGGGAGGCACGGCGCUACGCCGCUAACCUGCUAGCCUCGGGACACAUCAGACCCACCGUCAGCAAGAUCAGCUUCUCAGAGCAGUGUUACUACGCCUUCAACAAGACGGCCACAGGAGACAUGGGGCUGUCUCCAGAUGGCUGUGCUCCUCUCCAUCAGCGGGGGUCCCUCCCUGGCCAGUACCCCGUUCCUCACCCCUACGGUUCCCCCCCUCCCCCCCUGCACUCCCCCUGGGGACCCCCACGGAGCCACAAGAGUGGAGGAAGUCCUAGCAGUGGCUCUGAGCGCAGGCAGAGACAGGAACUUGCCCCUUCCCCCCUCCUGAGCAGACAGGAAGCGGGGGACCCCCCCGCUGAGGAAGGCACCCCCCAGCCUCCCUCCAGCCCCCCCUCCUCCCUUCCUGGCCGGGGUCACGACCUCUCGUCCGAGCUGCCCGCCUCGCGCCAGUCCUUCCGCCUCGCCAUCGCUAACCCCAGCGACCUCCUGCUGGACGUCAUGUGA